AUGGCCUCCACAGGAAGAAGAUCUGUGUUUUCUGGGGUGUUGGUUUUCAUGUUGUUGCUAUUGUUUGUAAUUGUGUUUUGCCAGGCUGAUCAUCAUGAGGACCUCACCAAGAAGAACAACAUGGCUGAGAAUGUUGGGGAGAAAGCAGGGGAAGCUGUGAAAGAGACUGAAAAAGGUGCUAAAGAGACCAAAGAAGGUUCAGAAUCAUGGGCUGAAUGGGCUAAGGAGAAGCUCUCUGAAGGUUUAGGUUUGGGUGCUGAUAAAGCGAAAGAAACUGCCCAUCAAGCUUCUGAUUCUGCUCACCAGACUCAUGAGAAGGUCACCCAAUCAGCUUCUAAUGCUGGCCAAUAUACUCAAGAUAAAGCUCAAGAAGCAAAGGAAGCUGCUGGGGAGAAAGCUGAAGAGGCAAAGCAAAAGACUUAUGAAGCCGCGGAGGAGGCUAGGAGGAAGACUGCGGAGAAAGCAGAACAGGGGCGGGAGAAAGCAGAGGAAGCGAAACAGAGGACAGCUGAAAAGGCUGCGGAAACUAAACAAGCGACCGAAGAGAAAGUUGGGUGGGCUAAGGAGAAAGCUAAGGAAGGUUAUGAAACCGCGAAACACAAGGCCGAGGAAACCUUGGAAUCGGCUAAAGAUAAAGUCACCUCCAAUCUCGAAGCUGCAAAGGAGAAAUCCCAGCAAAUGAAGGAUGAUAUCGCUUCUGGUUUCCACCGAUCUCAUGAUGAGGAGCUGUGA